UACUCGCCUAUAAAUAUCAAUGAAUAAUGGGAAAGUCAACAACGUACGACAUCAAUAGCCAUGUCUAUCGAGAGACCACAUUAUCCAACACCGACGUCAAACACAAUAAUAUCGAAAAUAACAGUAAAAAUCCGACAAAAACCACGUCACAGACGAAGCCAAAGAAAGUGCGGCGUGACAAAAGUGAUUUGGGUGAGAAUUUCAAAGCGCCAGAUGGUGGCUGGGCUUGGCUGGUGUGCAUAGCUGCGGGUUGUUCGAACCUGUCGAUCUAUCCAUGCUUGCAGCAGUUUGGUUUUAUAUUCCGUGAACGUUUGGCCAUAUUAGGUCUAACCAGUUCAGAAAUCACGACAAUCAUUAACACAAAUCCAGCGGUGUCGGCAUGUACAGGUCUCUUAAAUGGACCUAUGUUUCGACGCUUUACAUUUCGUCAAGUUGCCUUGGCGGGUUCACUUUUCAUUUUUGUCGGUCUAAUGCUUACAGCGUUCUGUGAGUCUUUCAUCGGCUACAUGGCAACCUAUGCGAUUCUUUUUGGUUUCGGCGUGGGCAUCAGUGUUUCCGCUUCUUCGCUUGCCAUCAAUACCUACUUCAAGAACAAACGUCGCCGCGCAGCCGGCUUCUCAUGGACACUCACUGGUUUGGGACCGAUAUUCUUGCCUCACGUUGUCACACUAUUCCUCUCCUACUAUGGUGUGCAGGGUACGGUGUUCAUUUUCGCCGCUCUCUCACUACAUUCAAUGGUUUGUGCACUCGUCUAUCAACCGGUGCGUUAUCAUGCGCCACCACCCGAUAUUGCUGAGACGGCCGGAGAUUCGGGUAUUGCAGCCGGCAAACCAGACUAUCUGUGUGAAUACUGCCAACAGCAAAACAAACGUAAUGGCAUCUUUUCCAGUCAAUAUUUGUAUCAAGACGAUGACGAAGCUAUGCCGGGGUAUGAAAUAAUUGAGCCGGGUACACCGAUGUUGUCGCGCGCCAACGACGGUUGGUUCGGUUCGAAGUUGUCGUUGACCUCAACGCACAAAGGUGGUAUACCACGCUUUCGUACCGUAGCCAGUUCCAAAGAUAUCGAGAGCAUGACUCGUCUUAAUCGUGUGAUAUCUGAAGAGGAACUGAAGACGGCCGAGGUUUACAAACCGAACAACUUCAAACGUGAACGGGACGAGGUGUUGCUCAAACAUUCGAACAGUAAUGCCAAUUUCCGAGCGCCACAUCUUGGUGGAUUGCAUGGUGCGAUAGCUCAAUUGCAUUGUACUUGUGCCGAGGAGCGUAUGCUUCUCGAAAAGGCACAGCUUCGCUCAAAGUUUGCAGAUAAAAAGCUGGAACCGAUGGCUGAAGAGGAUGACGAUGCUGCUGUGUCGGUGAAGAGUUUUACGUUUAUGCAAAAAGUGAUCGCGUUCUUCGAUCUAGAUUUGUUGCGUGACUUUACUUUCGUCAAUUUAGUGGUGGGUUUGACGAUGAUCAACUUCGGCGAAUUGAAUUUUUCCAUACUUACGCCUUUCAUAUUACACGAUUUCGGAUUUACGACGUCACAAAUGACGUCGGCGUUGUCAGUACUUGGUGGAAUGGAUAUUAUCGUACGCUUUAUUGUGCCAUUCGUGACGGAGAAAAUACCGUGGGAUAAUCGAGUGUUCUUUCUAAUAGGCGUCGUCGGCAUAGCUAUUGGACGCACUGUUGUAGCCUGCACACGCUCCUACACAGUCAUACUCUGCACCUUUGUCUGGAUCGGAAUGUGCAAAGGCGUGCGCACCAUAUUCUGGCCACUCAUCAUACCCAGUUGUGUGCCGUUAAAGCGUUUGCCUGCCGCUUCCGGUUUACAACUGCUCAUUUCCGGUCUGUUUACGUUCGCUUGUGGGCCGCUUGUUGGUCUCAUACGCGAUCGAUUCGAUUACUCGAUCACCCUGCAUUUCCUCAACGCAAUGUCAUUUAUGGCUGCUACUUCGUGGUCGAUAGAGGCGCUAGUGCGGCGUCACCGUCGUCGACGCCGUAAUCGUCAGCAACCUUGCGAUACGUGACUGUAUGCUAUUAACGUCGCUAGACAUUUACUUAAUUGCCGGCAGAUGACGUUGUCACAUGGCGCUGUCACAUGAAAGACACAAACCGGAAUGUGUGAUUUAUAUUAGAGAUUUGUGCUGCCAGCGAUAACAUUUCACUUACUCUUUGUAGAAAUAGCAAAGCAUAUCGGAAGCCUCUUGGAAAGACUUGUGUUUCUACAUGAAAAGGGAUCAACUUUGUACGCACGAAGACUAUUAUAUAUUUUUUUUAAGCAACUCGAGAAUUCUAUUAUAAAUCCCACACUUCCCUCUUUUGUACAUAUAUAAAAAUUAAAAAGUUCCUUGUUUUAUAGUAGCUGUACUAAGCCAUUAAUAAAUGUAUGUAACGUUAAAGUCCAAAAAAAUGCCAAAAACAUUCGGUUUUCCGAUAAUCAAAAAUAUGUGGUAUCUAAAGAAUUAUGUCGGAUUAAAAACCUUUGCUUAUGCAAACAUACUUAUUUUCGAAUGUGAUAUAUAAAUAAAGAAAAACAAGAUUUUUUAUGUACAUAUGUAUAAGGUUACCUUACUUUUUAGGGAAUGGGUCGAUUUGGAAAUAAACAUAUGUACAUAUAGGGUGAUCCAUUUA